AUGAGGAAUGUGGAAAACAAAACAUUGGAUCAAAUAAAAGAGCUGGAGCGAGAACAUGUGGAAGUUUAUAGUCAUCUAAUUAGCACAUUGGAUGAAUUAUAUUUACUUCGUGGUGGUUACUAUGCAGCGGGAGAACUCAACCUAGACGAAAAACAUCUUCUUGAGAUGCGAAGACAAUUACAAAUGAGCCUUGACAAGAGUGGUGCAAUGCUCAAAACGUUUCAAAGGUUAAAUUUGAAAAAGAAGAAGAAGAAUGGCAAUAUUGUAGGUUUAGCUACGGAUGACCAAGAAGCGGAACAAGAACAAGAACAAGAACAAGAAAAAGAGGGUGAUGAAGAGAUACUUGCCAUGCGACUAGGUGACUUGAUGAAGGAUAAUUUCAAGUUAGAUGAGCAAUUAUUUGAUGCACAUGGCGAAAUGGAUGAGACACUACGGACCUUAUUCAACGAGAAAAAACAGCAUCGAAAGCUGUUGGGUCAAUUAACAGAAGCUGAUCAUGCCAGACAGAGUAGGAUAAAGGAAAGCCAGAACGAAAGUCAAUAUCAUCGGAAAAAUGCUGCGUCUAGAAGGGAUAUAUCCACUGCCAGUGACGACGAACAGGACGUAACUCUUCAGCGAGAAAACCUAGCAUUAGAAGAGUUGCUGAAAUCGAUGCAAGUGUUGACAGGUCAUCACACCAGUUAA